UUCUCAUCCAAUCAUCUGGGGCGUAACAUUUCGAAGUGGAAGACCGCGACGUAUGAUAUAGAAGAUGCUAAAGAGCCAAGAUGACAUCACUGGCUGACUUGCGACGUCGAUUUGCUUGUUUAGAUGGAAGACCUCAGAAUGACUCAGGGGGUUCCAUCAGUGUGAUAAGAAAUGAUACAAGUCCUGAGGACAGCAGAGCAAAGGGAGACACAUGUACAGGCACAAUAGAAAUAACAGAAAAUCAAACAUGGCUGAACAAGAUUGAGUUCCAGGGUAACCGUGCAGAGGACUGGCUGGAGUACACACGCUAUGUCAGCCAGAACACAGAUUUUCCAAACGAGGUCAAGAAACACAACUACCUUUCUGGCAUGUACGAGAGAGCCUUCAAGGUAAUUGAUGUUGUGAGCAAUAAGAGGAAUGAGGCUUACGCUCAGCUCUUCAUGGAAUGUGCCAAGCUGAAGAGUGUGUUCUGCCCAGAAGAUGCCAUUCAGAUGAUGAACCAAGCCCGAGCCAUUGUCCGUAGGUUUGCCAUGGUCCAUGUGAUGGCUGCAGAGUUUGAGUACAAACAAGGUGAUGUAAUAAAAGCCAGAAAGAUUUUGGAAAAGGCUUUAUUGUUUGGGGCCGAGCCGACCAGCUCUAUAGAGGCUGCCCUGGAGCGUCUGACUGAGGGACAAGGAAGUCUGCUGGAGGAGCCAAGCCAGUCCAAGCCAAGUCAGUCAGAGCCCAAUCAGUCCGACUCUGGCCAACCAGUACGCCCUCCCCCUCGGUCCAAGGAACCAGCCCGGAUCAGGAAGAUAAACCUGCCGUUUAGAGAGGUGGAGGGAGACUUGGAUGGGGACAAGGAAAACAACACUGCCCUCCCCCAUGACCCCCGACCACAGGACACUCACACCAACUAUGCACUUGGGUCGACAUCUAUGACGCAUUCCUCUGGCUACUGUUCUAUGAUGGAUAUCAGUAUUUCCACAGAAACAAAAAUGUCACCCCCUCAGUUUGAGGAACACCUGAAACAUAAAUCCCCCAAGGAAUUUGUGCAGUCAGAAGAUGUGGCACAUCCAGAGGCUGUGUCAGUUCGCCGACCACUACAAGUCUUAGAAUGUCCCACAAAGCCCAUGGACUGGCAACCAGCCCCUAUACCAAAAAUGAACCUGGAACAGAUGUGUUAUGACCACAACACAAAUGACUCUAGCCAACCACUUGAGCCUUUAGAGAAACAUAGUAACUUUCCAAAAUCUUUUUCUUCUUCAAGUGUAGCUGUUUCUUUGGAACACAAUCAGGGUCAAACAUUUAAGUCAAAAUCAGUGUCGUCCAGUCAGCUGCCCUGCAGGGAACCCCACCUAAAGCCUAAAACACGAGUACAGGAACCUCACCAUCACUCUGCACCCAAAGUGGAGGAACCCAAGAAUAAAGUAAAUAGUCUUGGGGAUCCCCACCCUCAGAGGUCACCACACUCCCAUGCAGACAACAGAGCCCCUCCCCCCUUGCCACCUGCUCCCCCCAGAGGGAUGGCUAUGAUUGGGCCGACACCGGUCAAACAAAACACUAGACAGCUGACCAAUAAUCAGAUGGUAACUCCAUGUAUGAAAGGUGUUCCUCCUCCUGCUGUACCCAGUACACCUAGUCUGAUGAUGAAAGACAUCACUGUCAAUGGUAAACAAUAUUGGGUCCUCAAGUUGGUUGGUCGAGGAGGCUCUAGUAAGGUAUACAAGGUCCUGGAUUGUAACCUAGAGAACCGUGCCAUUAAGGUGGUCGACCUGUCAGAUGCUAAUGAGCAGAUUCUUGAGGGUUACAGGAAUGAAAUACACCUACUAGAACGUCUUCAGUACUGUUCCAAGGUCAUCAAAAUGUAUGAUUAG